AUGGCCAGAAAAUUGAGUGGUCUUCAAAAAGAGGUCCUCGCCUUGUACCGAAAAUGCAUCCGAGCAGCUCACACUAAGUCUCCGGAAAAUGCCCCUGCGUUUGAACAGAUGGCCCGUCUGUCGUUCAGAAAGUACCAGGGACUCAAUACCAAGGAGUUCACCACCAUCGAGCAUCUUCUGCGAAAGGGAUACCGAUCGCUGGAGAUCUAUGGCGACAAGCAGGUCAAGAAAUGUACCCCUGUUGCCUUGUAA